AUGUCUGUGUCUAGCCAAACAAGACGCUUUAUCAGAACAAGCUGUUCCCAAAAUACCGAAACCGAGUCAAACUUGCCGGUUCCUAGCCGGCAGCGGCAGUCACGAAAAGAUGAGGCCAUUCGGAAGAAGAUUGAGCAGGAACUAUCGCGCAAGAAGUCAGGACUACCUAGGGCUCGCCAGACCAAAAAGGUUGCUGGGACUGUAUCUUGUCUUCAGCCAUCUCAGGCUCUGACAGUAAAAGAGACCAUGACAGUAAUAGAGGCUGCACAAUUGAUGGCUGCAAAAAGAUGCGACUGUGUAUUGGUGGUUGAUGAAGAAGAGAGAUUGAGUGGUCUAUUUACAGCAAAGGACAUCACAUAUCGAGUUGUUGGAGAAGACAAAGAUCCAAGGGCCAUCUUGGUUUCUGAGAUAACUACAAGAAACCCCAUGUGUGUCACCUCAGAUACGUCUGCACAGGAUGCACUCCAGCUGAUGGUGUCUCGGGGCUUUCGUCACUUGCCUGUAUGCAAUGAUGAAGGAGACGUGUUUGGUUUGCUCGAUAUCACGCAAUGUCUUAAUGAAUCCCUAGAUAAACUAGAGCGCUCGUUUAGUCCUCCUUGCAAGCCGAUUGAUACCUUGAGUCAGGAAGCUGCGGAUGGUAACGGAUCCCCAAGUCCGCUUUCACCUCAGCCAACGAACGCUUUGGCCGAGUCGGGGAGGCCCAAGCGAAUCUGCUCGGAUCUGGCUAGUGUUAUGACACCCUCUGUUCCGGUGCAGGUCUCAGCCAAGACUCAUGUAGAUACCGUUGCUAAACUUAUGAAAGAGUAUCAAACAACUGCCUGUGUGGUUGUUGAUUCUAGAGGACUAGCCGGGAUUAUUACUUCAAAGGAUAUUGUUUUAAGAGUAAUUGCAGCCGGUUUAAUUCCUGCAGAUUGUUCAGUUGUGCGAGUUAUGACACCACGCCCGGACAUUGCUUCCUCUUCAUUAAGUUUAAUUGAGGGACUAAAGAAGAUGAAAUAUGGAAACUAUCUUCAUUUACCAGUCAUUGACGGAGAGAAUACCACAGUUGGUUUAGUGGAUGUUCUGGGUCUGACGGGGGCUGUGCUUGAACAGAUCCACACAGCUGUAGAAGGUACCGAAGUACCCAAAUUCUGGAGAGAUAGGGUCUCACCAUUAGCAGCAUUAUCAACAAGAACAAGAAUUGAAGGACCAACCGAGACUUCGGCUGUAUCCGACGGAAUACCUCAGUCUGGUAGGUCACCUAUGUCACCCAUGCCAACAGCAAUUGUCCCACUUGAGCCUAGUCGGUCAUACCAGUCUGCCUAUGCUUCAGUAUUUCAAGUCUCGGACCUCAACUAUGACCUCCAUUCAGACCUCCAUUCAGACCUUCACUCUACCGUGUCUUCGAAUACUCAGGGCACUUUUUUGUUCAAAUUUGAAUGGGAUUCAAAUGUUUAUCGGUUCAGAUCCGGCGGAGCUAAUCUGUCUGCAAUUUACGAUAAUGUAUUCCGCAAAAUAUCUGAUGGAGUUCCGGUUGAAGGGCUUACACUUGCCUAUCUGGACGAUGAAAAUGACAAGGUUCUGAUGACUCAUGACAGCGACCUUGUAGAGGCCAUUGUGCUAGGUCAAAAACUAGGUCUUGACAGAGUACGCCUGUUUGUCAACUACCCACGCGCCACGAACACGAACAUGAACACGAACACGGAUGAAGUAAAAAGUAACGAUAGUGUGGACUGCGGUGCUUUAGGCUUGGAUAAGACUGAGUUGGCCACCCACGGACGACCAUCCCAACCGCACGACAUUAAACUUAACGGAGUUUCUUCGCAACAACAACAACAACAACAACAACAACAACAACAACAACAACAACAGCAGCAGGAACAACAACAGGAUAAAGAGCACGUAACACAUAAAAAUUGUACAACUACCGGAUUUGUGACACAGGAGUUAUUUUUACCUACCGCAAUAAUGUUCUUGGGUUUUGUGAUUUUAGGUGUAUUUUCCAUGGUCAAGGUGUCGACCGUACAUGGUAGACUUCGUUAA